GUUUGAAACCUUCCAGGUCGUUGGCGUUUAUCGAAUCUCGCGGUACGGUAUGCCAAGAGACAAAGCAGUGUGCGAUAUUUUAGAUGCUUCAUUUUAUAAAUCACCGUACCGUGACAGAAGGAAUGAUUUUACUCCACGGGAAUUAUCUCAAUGUCUAAAAGAAACGACCACUUUAUACAUCGGGAAUUUGUCUUUCUAUACUCGUGAAGAACAAAUCUGGGAACUAUUUAGCCGAGCCGGCGAAAUCAAGCGCGUUAUUAUGGGCUUACACAGAUUUGAUAAAACUCCAUGUGGGUUUUGUUUUGUGGAAUAUUGUACACGAGACGGUGCGGAAAUGGCCAUGAGAUACAUUAACAAAACUCGAUUAGAUGAUCGAAUAAUUCGCACAGACUGGGAUGCGGGUUUCGAGGAAGGAAGACAGUAUGGCCGGGGAAGAAGUGGUGGACAGGUAAAAGGCUUGAUUUCUUGUUAUUAUACGUAAUCGUACUAACUACAUACUUUUAGGCCUUGUAAGCUAGUUAGGUACUACUAGACGUUAAAACCUUAGAUCCUCAAGAAAGUGUACAUCUCCCAUUUGCUAAAUUUCACAUUAUGAUAGGAAAUGAAGGAAUAAUUACAUCAAUAACCUCAUAAGCAACUCAAGCCUCAAAAAGGGUAAAGCUCUCAAAAGUUCUGCACAAAUUAAAGAUCAGUUUAUUUUGAUGAUCUUCAUUUAUGCUAAUCAUUUUAUCAAGUUGACUUACGAACAUGUGUUUGACCUUUCCCUUGUUGCUUUAUAUCUUAACUUUGUCAACAUGACGGUUGACUUCAGAUUGACACGGAUGCCGUGCGUCUCCUCAGAUUUGUCUUCAGACGUUUAUAUUCAUUUGUCUAAUGGAUGAUAUAUUGCAGUACGUAACUGUGCGAAUUUCGUCAUUGUCAUAUAAAAUUAAAUGGUAAGUGUUUUACUCAGUAAUUUAGUGUAAAUUUCUUUACACUUGUGUUAUUUUAUCGUACCUUUCGCAUGCAUAAUACUAGUGUUAGAAUGUGAG